GCGAGCAGCAGCACAUGUGGCAGGUGCGAGCGGCCGCCCGGCGCCUCGGUCCAUGGCGGCGUGCCUACGCGACGAAGAAGACGGCUGACGACUACUUUCUGCCCAACCUUUUUGGCAGCGUCCACUCGACGACGUUGUCGCCUUCGAAUGCGCCGACACGUAGCGAAGCCGAGGAGAUGUACGAGAGCGACAUGGACCUCCUCGAUGCAGAACUCUCAUCGCUCUUGGGCCCACUGCCCGACAAGGAAGACGAUGCGGCUUACGAUCCUACGUCGCCACGGCGCAUCGAGCAGCCUCGCCCGCCGGUGCCUCGAUACAUUGAUCCGCAGCCAGCGCACUACACGUCAACACCACCAACGCCCGUGCAGGCAGCACCAACGACGCCUGUGUGGUCCACGUCAACGGUGGUUGGUGACGUGCAUAUUCUCAACGGCCCGUGCUCGCUCGUCCACGGCAACGUUCUCGCGGGGACGCAGGUAUCGUGGAGUCGGCUUGAGGCGCAACUGCGAGCCUCCGCCAAGGGCGUUUCCCUGACCUCGUCGCACACCAACGACGAAGGCGCUGUGAUCGACGUGCUCUUGUCCAGCGCUGCGUCGACCACCAUCGUCCUCAACACCGGUGGCCUGCUUGGCGCCGGUAUCCGACGCGCUAUGGAGCUCUCCCACGCCCGAGUCAUCUUGAUCAACCCGCUGGGGUCGCCCGAGACGUCGCCCGUCCCUGUGGGUCUGCGCUACAUCAGCGGGUUUGGCGCUGUCACGUACGAGCUCGCCCUUCUCGCCGCAAUCAAGCACGACGCGUAG